AUGCUGGUGCUCAACUGCUCCAUGAAGCUGCAGAUGCUGGAGAAAAUGUUAAGGUGGAAUUUCCCCGAGUCCCUCAAGGUUUAUGGAGCUGUGAUGAACAUCAACCGAGGGAAUCCCUUCAGGAAGGAAGUGGUGGUGGACUCAUGGCCAGACUUCAAAGCUGUUAUCACCCGGCUGCAGAGGGAGAAUGAGAUGGAUGAUCUUGACCAUUAUACCAAUGCUCAUGCUGUUUUCUACAAGGAGCAACAAGCUUACCAGGAGCUACUGGAAAACACAAAUGCCAUCAACUGGGGACAAAUUUUUCAGAUACAAGGGCUCCAGAAUGGAAUAUGUGAAAUAUCCAGAACAGUGGCUUUAACUAAGCAGGUAGAUGUGAAAACAUCAUCUUUCCAGAUGGUUAUCCAUUCAGACCCGGACACGCUGCCAGAUGUCAGUCUUCAGAUGGACCCUAAGUUAACGCUGGCUUACCUGGACAUCUCCCACGCCAGCCUGCUCAGCAAAACCUGGUCACGGGGAGGCAACUCAAGGUGCCAGAAGUACCUUGCUAACCUCAUUUGUUGCUUCCCCAGUGUGUGUGUCUUGGAUGACAAUGGGCAUCCCCUCUCCUGGAGCCUGACAGACCAGUUUUCCACCAUGAUUCAUAGUUAUACGCUUCCAGAGCAUCGGAGGAAGGGUUAUAGUAGGCUUGUGGCUACCACUUUAGCUAAGAAAUUACAUAGCUGUGGUUUUCCCGCACAGGGUAAUGUCCUGGAGACGAAUAUACCAUCAAUAACAUUGCUGAAAAGCAUGAAUGCCCAGUUUCUUCCCUGCUCAUUUUUCAGAGUCAUUCAUACACCUUUUAAUUUUUUAGCCAAAUUUCACUUAUAGCUGAACCUCGCAAACCUCUACAUUCAGAUCAAAUUUGUGCACUGCAGGAGCACUUCGGUGAAAUUUAAUAACUUGGGUGAGAUCAGAAAUCAUACAAGAGGUUCCCAUAUAAGAUAAAUGAGAUAAAAUAGAAGGGAUUAACUGCUCACGCUUAACUUCUCUGAUCAGGGAAAGCUGUGCAUGGCAAAUCCAAGAGAUUUAGUAAUGGUUGCAAGUUUAAUAGCUGGAGAGAGAUGUGAGAAUAUGUGAAAGCAACAGCUCUGCAGACACCCAGACCAGUGAAGAAGGAGGGGGAGGAGGUGGUCCAGGCUCUGGAGCAGAGAUUCCCCUGCAGCCUGUGGUGAAGCCCACUGCAAGGCAGGCUGUGCACCUGAAGCCCUUGGAGGUCCAUAGUGGAGCAGAUACCCACUUGCAGGCCAAUAAAGACCCCACACCAGAGCAGAUGGAUGCCCAAAGGAGGCUGUG